AUGUUGAUGCAAAAGACGAAUGAUUGGAACUGGGCGAUUGCAGAAGCCGAACGGGUGCUGCAGGACAACGACACGGUGGAAAAGAUAAAAGCUGUCUUGCGAAAAGCGCAGAAGAUAAACCCAGGGAAGUGGACCCUUUCAGGGAAGAAAGACGAGUUGAAGCAAAAACUGCGCGAGUUCGUGGAAGAGGCCACCCUGAAGGGCUUGAAAGAGGAUUCCCACAGGGCACAGGUGACAAGCUGGCACCCUGGGCGUGGCGGAGUUGCUUCGCGCGCCAGCCCGCAGCAGGACAGUGGUGCGGAGGACUGGCUUGCCAAGAGCCGCGAGGAGGUGGAGGGCUUCAAGAAGGCCCAGGUGCCCAGUUGGGCAGAGGCUGUGCUGAUUGACGGCGGGCUGGAAGCGGACGGUGACCGCACUGCAGCAGCAGGGCGUCACCGGCAAAUCCCUGCUGGAGCUCACGCUGGAAGAGCUGAUGGCAGCUCCGUACAACAUCCCUGGCGGCCCUGCAAAGCUUCUGGCUGA